CCUGAGCCCACACGUGGGGACCUGUCUGACCCGCGGCAGGGGGGCAAGCCCCUCCCCCAGGAGCGUCGGGGCUUAGUCCCAGCAGGAGCCCUGGGAUGGCCCAGUUUGGUCCACAGCAGUUCUGGGGGAGCCACGAGUGUCCCAUCACCUUCUGGAUCUGUCCCUGGAGCCUCUGCCCCGUUCCGGCCUCUCUUCAAUGACUUUGGUCCCCCGUCCAUGGGUUAUGUGCAGGCUAUGAAGCCACCAGGUUCCCAGGGCUCCCAGAGUACAUACACUGACCUGCUUUCUGUCAUCGAGGAGAUGGGUAAAGAGAUCCGACCCACGUAUGCAGGCAGCAAGAGUGCCAUGGAGCGGCUGAAACGAGGCAUUAUCCAUGCUCGGGCACUAGUGAGAGAGUGCCUGGCAGAGACAGAGCGAAAUGCACGCACGUAACAACACUGCUCCAUGGAUCUUUUUGCGUAUUGGCAUCUGAGAACCUGGUAGCCAGCCUUCCCCUCUCCCCUGAACCUGGCACCCACUGGUUUCUGAGGACCCCAGGCUUCCCUUGCCCCAACAGACAUUUCCAAUAACUGUCACCUGACACUUGGGAACCUCUUGUGCUGGAGUGUGCCUCCUGCUAUGAGGUGGUCCUGAGAGGCUGGCACUUCACUGUGUGCUGCCAGUGCCUCUGGGGAGAGGAGCUAGCAGCGUUUCUCAUGUCUUUAUAAAAUGUUUCUUUUUAUAAAUAAGUAAAAGGAAAGCUUUGGG